GCCACUCCCCCAUCCACGUUAUAAAAGUCAGAACACUAAACUCAAAUAGUCACACUCACCUGAAAGACACCUUCAUCUGAGGAUCACCUUUAGCUGACAUUCAUUUUACCCAGACGGACACCCUGAGCCCACCAGAGACCGGACACAUUCGGCAGGCGCAAUCAUGAAGGCCACCUUCUCUCUGCUCUUCCUGAUCCUUGCCAUCACUUGCACAGUGAUUUCACAGGACACACAAUACCAAAAAUUCAUAAUUCAGCAUUACCAAAAUGGCAUGGCGGUGAAAGACUGUAAUAACAAGAUGAGUAUUAUCAACAAACGUUAUAAUCACAACCAUUGCAAAGAGGUCAACAGUGUCAUUUCUACAUCUACCACAAACCUCAUAAACGCUGUCUGUGACAAGGCCGGGGAACCCUACACUAUGCGGGAUGGCAGAGUUCUUCGCAGAUCGUUGCAACAAUUUCGUGUCAUCACCUGCACACGCAAGGGGGGAUCAGACCUGCCCCCAUGCGAAUACAAAGGAUCCGACAGCGUGAGAAACAUCGUCAUCGACUGCAAUGCGGACAAGUUACCUGUGCACUAUGAAGAGGGUCAUAUAUUGUAAGUGAAGAUACCUCUGAUAUACGUGCAGUGAAAAUGAUAAGAGCUAUGCUAAAAUUAAUGCACUCAUCUAACUGGAGCUUAUAACCAGUUGAAACAAUAUGCUUCACGGCAAUAAAGGCUUUCACUGCAA